AUGAGGACAUUGUAUGGUGGGUUUGAUAAGGUUGGGCCAACCAAAAACGAUUUUAAAAGUUUCAAGCGAGACCUGAAUAGGUAUAUAUAUGAGUUUGACGCUGAUAUGAUGAUUAAACGGCUUUUGAGGAAGAAAGAGUACAUGCCAAACUUUUCAAUGGAGUAUAUAACAGCAGAAGAUGGGGUUUUAAGGGGGUUGUUUUGGGCCGAUGAAGAUGCCAAAAGUAAUUUUUCGGUGUUUGGGGACGUUGUUUCAUUUGAUGCUGCAUAUCGUCGUAACAAGUACAACAUGAUGUUUGUUCCAUUUACUGGUAUCGACAACCACAAUUGCAACGUUACUCUUGGUGCCGCUAUAAUAGGCAACGAAACGGCUGAAACUUAUAGUUGGUUGCUAAAGGUGUUUCGUGAAGCAUUUGGUCGUGCCCCUCCGGUGAUUGUCACCGACCAAGACCCAGCCAUGAAGAAGGCUAUUGAAGAUACAUGGCCCGAGAGUAGACAUAGGCUAUGCAUGUGGCACAUCAUGGACAAGCUUACUGCUAAGGUUGGUGCUACAAUCUGCAAUAGUACAGAUUUCAAAAAGAGGCUGUGUGCCAUUGUGUGGACCGAUUCAAUUCUACCUGAUAAGUUUGAAAGUGAGUGGGCUACCAUAAUAAACUAUUUUAACUUGGUUGAUCAUGAGUGGCUGCAGUCAGUUUAUCAAAUCAGGGAUACUUGGAUACCGGUUUAUUAUCGCGAGGAGUUCAUGUUGGGGCUUAUGCGUACCUCAUCUUGUUCAGAGAGUGAGAACCAUUUCUGUGGACAGUUUUGUAACCCGGCGUGCACUCUUGUCGAAUUUAUUGGGCAUUUUGAUUUUGCUAUUGAAGCUCAGAGACAUGAGCACAUGAAGAAUGACCAUGACACCAGCAACACCAACGUUGCAAUAUGGGCUGAAGACUUUGUUAUGAUGCGGGAGGAUGACAUGACUGUGUAUUGUACAUGCAAAAGAUUCGAACAGUUUGGGUUGUUGUGCUCACACAUCUUUUGUGUGCUAAGGAUGCUUGAUAUUAGGGAGUUUCCACAACGCUAUAUAUUACGACGUUGGACUCGGGAGGCUGUUCUAAAUAGUGCCCCUGGUGCUAUUCUAGGUAUCAACGAGACUGAGGAUCGUUAUAAUGAAGUUAACCGCGUUGUACGUGAGAUCACAUAUUCUACGAAGUCGGUUAUUAACAAGCUUGUCACCAACUUUGAUGCGCUAUGCUCGUUCAGGGAUCAUGUUGUUAACUAUUUCAAAACUGCGGAUGAGGCAGUCGUCAAUGCCCCACGUAAGAGCCGUCGCGAAAGGUUUGCUGAAAUUACUGGUAACACAAAACCAUCAGAUGUAACCGUUCGUGUUCCCAUUGGAACAAGAUACAAAGGUAUGGGUAAGCCUAAACGGAUGAAGUCCAAACGUGAAAUUGCUAUAAGUCAGUUGGGCAAAAAGAGCCGUUAG